UGAAGGAGCCACAGGCGGAGGCCGCCUGCUCACCCGCCAUGGACGUCCCCGCGCCUCCGCAGCCCCCGACCCAGAGCUCGCUCUGGCCACCGAGUUUCCUGCCCGCACCCUUGGGGCUGCUGCGGCUGGACCCCACCGGCGGCGCGCUCCUGCUACUCGGCCUGGCCGCGCUGCUCGGCUGGAGCUGGCUGUGGCGGUGCCGGCCGCCGGGCAUCCCCCCGGGGCCCGCGCCCUGGCCCGUGGUUGGCAACUUUGGCUUUGUGCUGCUGCCGCCCUUCCUCCGCGGAAACAGCUGGGUGAAGCGCUGGGAAAGGGCCGCAAACGUGGACCUUUCCUCACUGGGCUCGCAGGUGCUGCUGAGCCGCCUGGCCCACGUCUAUGGCAACAUCUACAGCUUCUUCAUUGGCCACCACCUGGUGGUCGUCCUCAACGACUUCCACAGCGUGCGCGAGGCGCUGGUGCAGCAGGCCGAGGUCUUCAGCGACCGUCCGCGGGUGCCGCUUGUGUCCCUCGUCACCAAGGAGAAGGGGAUUGUAUUCGCACGUUAUGGUCCAGUCUGGAGACAACAGAGGAAGUUCUCUCAUGCUACUCUUCGUCAUUUUGGCUUAGGAAAGCUUAGCUUGGAGCCCAAGAUUAUCGAGGAGUUCAAAUACGUGAAAGAGGAAAUGCAAAAGCACAGAGAAGACCCCUUCAAUCCUUUCCCCAUUGUCAACAAUGCCGUCUCUAACAUCAUUUGCUCUAUGUGCUUUGGACAGCGCUUUGAUUACACCAACAGUGAGUUUAAGAAAAUGCUUAAUUUUAUGUCAAGAGGGUUAGAAAUCUUUCUGAACAGUCAGCUCCAACUGAUCAACAUAUGCUCCUGGCUUUAUUACCUUCCCUUUGGACCGUUUAAGGAACUAAGGCAAAUUGAGAAGGAUAUGACCACUUUCCUUAAAAAAAUCAUUAAAGACCAUCGAGAGUCUCUGGAUGUCAAGAACCCUCAGGACUUCAUAGAUAUGUACCUUGUCCGUGUGGAGGAGGAGAAGAAAAAUAAUAGCAAUAGCAGUUUUAAUGAGGAUUACUUAUUUCAUAUCAUCGGAGAUCUCUUCAUUGCUGGGACUGAUACGGCAACUAACUCUCUGCUUUGGUGCCUUCUGUACAUGUCACUGAACCCUGACAUCCAAGACAAGGUUCAUGAAGAGAUUAAAAGGGUCAUUGGCGCUGACCGAGCCCCUUCCCUCACUGACAAGGCCCAGAUGCCCUACACAGAAGCCACCAUCAUGGAGGUGCAGAGGCUGACUGCGGUGGUGCCGCUUUCCGUUCCUCACAUGACCUCAGAGAAAACAGUGCUCCAAGGAUACACGAUUCCUAAAGGCACAGUGAUACUGCCCAACUUGUGGUCAGUGCACAGAGACCCAGCCAUCUGGGAGAAACCCGAGGAUUUCGACCCUACUCGGUUUCUGGAUGACCAAGGACAACUCAUUAAAAAAGAAACAUUUAUUCCUUUUGGGAUAGGGAAGCGGGUGUGUAUGGGAGAGCAGCUGGCAAAGAUGGAACUCUUCCUGAUGUUUGUGAGCCUCAUGCAGAGUUUCACGUUCGCUUUACCUAAGGAUUCUAAGGAGCCCGACCUGACGGGAAGAUACGGUCUAACUUUAGCCCCACAUCCAUUCAAUAUAAUCAUUUCGAAGAGGUAAAGGACAGCUCCAAAAUGAGGUCGUGAACAGACUGUAAAUAUAUGUCUUCUAAACACGCUCUUUCUUCUGCAGUCGAUGGCACACCCAGGUUAGGCUCAGGGUAGAGACUAAAGAGAGGGUAGAACACAUGGGAGCUUUCAUCUGCAACUGUCCCCAUGUCUGUGACUUAGCGGGUGGGACAAAGUACUGGACUGGGAAACAGGAGAUCUGAAUUUUACUCCAGGUGGCUUCCACCAGUGAGCAUUUCUUCUCAUCUCUCAGUGCCUUAGUUGUUUCCUGUGGUAACUAACCUUGCCCUCUAGCUCUCUGCACUAACAAAGGUCAAGUGUCCACGUCCUUUCUGACAUCAUCAAAACUCUGUUGGCUUCUGGAGAAAAAAAUUAGGAAUCAAAAAAAGACAUACCUGCCUAAGACCUGUGAGAACAUGAAAAUCGUGUUCAGACUUAAAUACUUUGUCAGAGGAGGAUGUGAGUUUAAGGCGAGCUCGGGCUCUCUCAGCACCGAAACUCAGUGCCGUCAGUUUUGGCGGCUUUGUUUUGUUCUUGUUAGUCUUUUUUGUUUCCGAUUUUAGUUUUCAUUUUUUGCAGACACGAGAGGAAGUGGACCCUGGUCCAGUGAUGUUGAGGAAAGGUCUGAAUUUAUAUGCCUGCCUUCUAUUUCGACUACAUACACAGCCUGGCUGAGAAAGUGGCUUCAUGGCGGAAUUCUCUUCUGCCUACGUUACCGGCAAAGAUACAGCUCUGCCUUUUGCCUUGAACCCUGAAUAGUGAGCCUGGGGAUUUUGAGACUGGGAUUCAUCAAAAAAGGAUUCACAUUGUACUGAACACUUCUUUUCUGUUCUCCCACAACUAGGCCUCAUGUAUCUCACCCUUAAAUACUACUCUCAAAGACAGGCAUUCUUCUUAAGAUGAAUAAGUUGUUUCUUAAUUUAGAAGGCCCCUGUAGAAAAGAAGUUCUCAGGAAAGGUAAUGACCCCUUUCAGGGGUUAUUUGGAAAGGUGUGGGUGCAUGUUUGGUUACUAUGCUGAUGGAGUUGCUACUGCCUUUCACUGCCUUGAGGCCAGGAUGCUAAAUGUCUGGGCAGUUCUGUUCCAGAAUUGUCCUGCUCAGUAUGCCAGUAUUUCUCCCGGUGAGAACACAGUCCAAAGAAUGAUCAGCCUUUUCCUUUGUUCAGCCAUAAUACUCCUUCCUUGGAUAGCAGAAAUCAUGAUAAUAUAUAAACAACUCUAUUUAUGAGCCUCCCCUUCUGCUUGCAUCAUGGUUAAUGCUUUACACGUAGGCACACAGACUCUUACAGACACUGUAUUAAGAGGACGCCGUUCCGUAGAUGUUUCGGUACCUAGUUGAAAGGUAGCGUUGUUCACUCGAACUUCCCAGUGUUUUGUGUCUGGAAGUUCUGUCUCAAGCACUUCUCAGUAUUACCACCACUUGAUCCCAUAGCAGUUUACCCCUCUGCAUUUUCAAUGUGGACAAACAGAACACAGGGUAACCCAUAGGUGCCUUGGAGAUUUUUGUUAAUUAAAAACAGCUAAUAAAGCAAAGUCCCAGGAACACACUAAGUAAAGGGAGAGGCUGUUGCAUGGAUUUUAGAUGAGAUACAUGUGUGGAUUAAGAAGCACCUUGAGUAAGGCAGUUUGUUCCCAAUCUGGAAGUUAAUGUGCUCUUGAAUAGCGCCAAUAAUUUGGGAUUAGCAAGUGUGUUUCUCCUUAAUAUUACAUGUGCUUAAUUUCAACUUUUCUAACGAAAGCUUAUACCUUACUUGAGGGGAAAAAAAAUCUGUUCUGUGGAACUCUUGAAAUCAGAUGUUUACUCAAUUUUUAAAUUUAAUGCCUCACCCUGUAGCACUUUAAAAACAGUUUUAAAUGGCAAGUCACCGAAUGCGCUGUUAAUGCUUUCCUUGCAUAUGUUGAUAUAUUAUGGUUUUCUAUUUUGUGAUUUCUUUGUAAUGUAGAAAUUAUAGUACUUUGUUUUAUACACCUGCCUAAUGUAUAAUUUUCAGCCUUCAUCACUAGCAUAAUUAUAUGCUUUCAUUAAACAUUUUAUUUUAACUUUGA